AUGACCACACAGUAGUCAUCAGACUUGUGGAGAGUAGUGUCACGUUUGGUGGGAUAAACGGCGUGCGAUUAAGUGCUUCAACUGAACAUGGGCGGAACAUCGUCGUCGCGCAAUAAAUCACAAUCCGUGAGCUAUCCGGAGCACGAUGAUCCGGCGUACCGCAAGUGCCAGGAGCUGAAGAUGGAGCGCUGGAUUCAGAUGCACUACCAGAUCAAGCAGCGGGAACAGGCCCUAGCCAUUGCCCAGCAUCGGGAGCUCUUCUACUGGCUGAGCGGCUUCUACAUCAGCGCCGUCUGCGGCUGUGCCAACUAUUACCAGAGGGUCAAGCGCGCCUCGGUGCUGGCACCGCUGCUGCCGCUCACCUUCGUCAUGGGCUACUAUGCGGACUGGGCGUACGGUAGUAAGCUGCACCGUAUUCAGGCCGAGGCGAAUAUAAUCAUGGAGCACGAGCAGGAGCUGCUGCACUGGCCGGGCGGACUACCGACGGUCGCCAGCAUCGAUGAGGCCCGGGUCGAGGUGCACAUGGAAAAGAAAAUGCAUCCGCAUCACAUGUAGACAGACCAGUGUCCAUACACGUACCCAAUUUCCUCAUCCAAGUGGCUCAAGUGGUUCAUCUAUUUUUCCGACUCUUUUGCUCAAAGUUAUUAUUACUCAAUCGUACGUCACUUUUGCAUCGGUAGUGCACUGUACAUAUAUAUGUACAUAUGUGUAUGUAUGUAGGCACUACAUGUGUACAUCAACUGUUGAAAUACUCUUUUAAGCUCUUAAACUCUUUUCCUUCCCUAUACU